AAAUCGUUUAUACUUAAGCCGGUACCUUUUACCUCCUCCACUACAUAUAAUAACGGGUUCCUUCAUAAAUAUUUCUCAUUCAGUAUUCGUGUGUUGUUAUGUCUAGAGGAAAAUGUUUAACAAAAACAAAAUCAUUUGUAUCCUCAUAUACGUGUCUAGUACAUCAUGUUUACACUCGGAGAUAAGAAAUAAAAGACCUAUAGUAACAGUUACAAAUGGCAAAAUAGAGGGCACGGUCGAAACGAUUUAUGAUGGAUCCCGAUAUUAUAGUUUUAAAGGAAUACCAUAUGCUGAAGCUCCUGUUGGAAAACACAGGUUUGAGGCACCACUACCAGUUAAACCAUGGGAGGGUAUCCGUGAUGCCGCACAGCAUGGACCUGUUUGUACACAAGUAAAUUUUACAACAUCUCAGACAACUGGAAGCGAGCAAUGUUUAUUCCUGAAUGUCUAUACUAAAUCUCUCGAUACAAAGUCCAAAAUACCGGUAAUGGUGUUUAUUCAUGGAGGUUCCUAUGAUUCGGGAUCAGGCAACUCCGAUAUGUACUCACCAGAUCUUAUCAUACAACAUGACGUCAUACUGGUAACUAUUAACUACCGAUUGGAACUUUUAGGUUAUAUCUCUUUAGAUAUACCCGAAAUACCAGGUAAUGCAGGAAUGAGAGACCAAGUCAUGGCCCUUCGCUGGGUAAAAGAAAACAUUAUGAAAUUUGGAGGUGAUCCUGAUAACAUCACCAUAUUUGGGGAAAGCUCUGCAGGGACGGCUGUCACAUAUCUUAUAUUAUCACCGAUGGCUCAGGGAUUGUUCCAUAAAGCUAUAGCACAGAGUGGAGUUUGCCUACAGGACUGGGCUCAAGGGAGAGACUUGGUACAAAGAGCAUUUAGAGCAGGAGAAGUGCUAGGAAAACAGACAAAGGAUGUUGGUGAAUUAUUGGAAUUUCUCCGCAGUCUACCAGCUGGCAAUCUCACUAAUCUUAAUAACAGUACUUCGACACAAGAUGAAAGAUACAGAGAUUUGGCUCAACGAUUUGUUCCAGUUGUUGAAGCAAGAUUUCCAAAUGUUCAGCCAUUUAUAAGCGAGGAUCCUGCGCUAAUGCUGCUGCACGGUAACGCGAGUAAAGUACCACUUAUGGUUGGUUAUAAUUCUGGUGAAGGACUCACAAUAAUUGCCAGUGAAAUACCAAGAUUGGAUAUACGGAAUAAAAAUCCUUCCUACCUUGUACCUAGUAAUUUAGCUGAUAGACUUUCUGAAGAACAAAUAAUGAAAGUUGGAGAAAGUAUAAAAAGAUUCUAUGCUGGUAAUGGAAAUUUUAGUGAAGAUCAUCCUGAAAGCAUACGAGAUAUGGCCACGGAUUUACAUUUCGCAUACAAUACCCAUAGAUUUGCUUAUCUAUACAGCAGUCUGCAAGUACCAGUAUACAUGUACAGAUUUAAUUUCGAUACAGAUUUGAACAUAGCUAAGAAAUUCACGCCAUACAAAAAUCUAAAAGGCGCCAGUCACGCAGAUGACCUUUUCUACUUGUUUUACAAUACAUUUAACAAAAAUGUUUUCGAUAAUGAUCAGAAAUUAAGAAAAUAUACUUAUGAAAUAACCAAAAUGUGGACUGAUUUUGCCAAAACUGGAAACCCCACACCAGACGACAGUCUUGGCGUGAAAUGGCUACCAUACACACCUGCUGGGAAAGAAUAUUUUUCAAUACAAAAGAAUUACACCAUGGGAACAUAUGCUGACCAACAUCGCAUGGAACUUUGGAAUGGAGUUUACAAAGAGGCUACCCUUCCUAUUAUAGGAUAAAUUUGUAAAAUUUUCUUACGAUUAAUAAAAAAAUCUAAAAGAAAUAA